AUGCCGCCACCGCCACCUACCCAAACGCCAACAAUGCCAACUCCACCUCCACCUCCUCCUUCACGUGGAACAUCCUUCGUGCCACCUCCGCCACCUGGUUCGAUGCCGCCUCCUGGUCCGCCAGGUCCACCAGGUCCUCCAGGACCCCCACCACCAGGACCUCCUGCGCCUCCAGGACCUCCACCUCCAGGAAUGAUGCCUCCACCUCCAAGGUUCCCACCCGGUAUGCCUCCGCCGCCGCCGCGUUUCAACUCUGCGGCACCGCCGCCAAGCUCUGGACAGUUCCCUCCUCCACCACCUCCUUCAAGGCCGCCCGUCCAGACGACCCAGUACGUCAUCAUGAAGCAAUCGCUCUUGAAUAUUUAUUUAAUGGAGUUGCUCUCCAUCACUUUGUUCGUUAUGUUUGGAAAUAUUGGAUUUUCCCUUAUGUUGAACGUGUGUAUUUGA